AUGCGUUCUUCAUUCGUUUUCUCCGCCGUCGCAGCGUUCGCUGUAGUCGGAGCUCAAGACAUCGACUUUGCAGGCGUCGAUGCCACUCCCGACCCGGUGAUCAACAUCGUCUCCGGGCUGAAGGAGCAAGUCAUCCCGUUCGACCAGAGCAAGGCUAUCGCGGCAGUCGCCUCUAAGGUUGCCGCCGAUCCGCUCGAUGUCAAGCCUGCGUCCACGCCAACGGCCGUACCCAAACUCAGGCGGCACUUGAAGCGCGCGGCUUGUGAUCAGGAGCCUAGCAACCCCAACACUUACGGCUUUGACCUUUCAUCUGCCAACAACUUCCGUGCCGACACCAAGCUUGCGUCUGUAGCGGAGGGCGCGUCUACACCAUCUGGGUACUUUAACACCUUCACUAACCUGCAGGGUGCUAGCAGUGCCUACGGAUAUCUUGGAUAUAAGGUGGUGACAAGCUACGACCCCUCAGAGUGCGCUUCGGAGUGCAACUCAAAGGAAGGAUGUCUCGGUUUCAACAUCUUCGUGGAGCGUGACCCUUCAUUGAACCCUGGCCCGAAUUGCCAGAACCCUGAUGCAGUCGCCAACAUCAAAUGCUCAUUCUGGGGUGGACCUGUCUACACCGACACUGCGACCAACAAGGGUCAGUGGCGAGAGCAGUUUGAGGUCGCCAUCGCAGGAAGCAAUGGCUACUCAUCUCUCAAGACCCAAUCUGCCGACGGUUACAAGCAGGUCGAGCUUAAGAACAGCGCGAUUAACGCUCCUCUCGACUGCAACAAGCAAGGAUCUUAUAUGGGCUACCAGCUCUUUACCGAAGGCGCCUUCGAUGCCAAGCUCUGCGCGACUGCUUGUCAGCAAACCAACAAGUACGCACUGGAACACCCUCCCACCACCGGCAAGCCUCAGUUAUGUCGCUUCUUCAACACCUACAUCUUGCUCAAGAACGGCGUUUCCCAGGGUCAGUACUGUUCCAUGUAUACUCAGGAAUGGGAUAGUUCCUUUGCGACGAACGAUGGUCAGUACCGCGGAGAUGACCAUUACACCAUUCAGUACAGCUUUGGGUUCACAGACUCGAGCGAUGAUGGCGUA